AUGGAGGAAUGUCCCAUAUGUUUCAAGCCAUAUCCAUCAGCAUUGUUGGAGAGGCAUGUGAAUUCAUGCCUUGAUACUCAGGAAACCGUACCAAGCAAUACCUCAGAUGCUACUCAACCCACUCAACCCACUCAAGUAACAGGCGAUGGAUCGUCUAAUGAGGGUAGUUCCAAGUCUUCAGGUAGCCAAAAUCCCUUUGCGGCGUUGGGAUUAAAACUAGAUUCGUCCGGAUCGAAAAAGGUAAAGGAAAAAGCUACUCUUACUAGCAUUUUAAUAGCAGAAAGACGAUUGAAAAGGAAACAAGAAGAGUUGGAAAGAUCAAUCGCGGAGAAGGAGACACAGGCUGCUCCAACAGCAAUACCAACACCACCCAUUGCUUCAGCACAACCAGUAGUUCCCACUAAGAAACCUAAGUUAUCAAAGUCAGACUCGCUUACUGAACAGAGUGAUGCUGAGCAACAACAAACACCUAUCUCGAGUCCACCGCGAUCAGAAUACCUUAAACGAAAUCAAGAGUUUUUAAAAUUUAAACGUGAAGCGUCAUUACCUUUGGCACAAAGGUUAAGACCGAAAAGUCUUGAUGAAUUUUAUGGACAGGAGAAAUUAGUUGGAACCAAUGGGUUGUUACGAAACAUUAUAAACGCAGAACAAAUCCCAUCUUUUAUACUUUGGGGAGUGCCCGGUGUCGGUAAGACAUCGUUGGCUAGAAUCAUAGCGAAUACUUCAAGUUACAAAUUUGUAGAAGUUUCAGGUGCUGAUAGUAAUGCUAAAAAGUUGCGAGAGGAAUUUACUAACGCUGAAAAUGAAAAACAUUUAACCGGUCGAAAAACCAUUCUAUUUCUAGAUGAAAUUCAUCGUUUCAAUAAAGGAGUGCAAGAUUUACUACUUCCAGUGAUUGAAAGGGGUCUGGUUACGGUUAUUGGUGCUACCACAGAAAAUCCUUCCUUUAAUCUUAAUAAUGCUCUUCUUUCAAGAAUGCACACAUUUGUAAUGGAGCCAUUACCUCACAAAGCCUUGGUAAGGAUAAUAAAUAGAGGUUUGUUGUUGGUCAAUAAAACAAGAAAUUUAGUUCAUAAGCUUCAUAUAAUAGCAUUAAAUAAGGAAUCAAUUGAUUAUAUAGCAAAAUUGAGUACAGGAGAUUCAAGGGUUGCUCUAAACAUCUUAGAGUCCAUAAAUGCAUACCUAUCAGGAAGAAAAUAUCAUCAAUUUGAAAGUUUAGAAGAAGCUGAAACAAAAAUUAAUUUCCCAGAGAAAAACGUUGGUGUUAUUAAGAUAACAUUAGAGAAUCUUAAACCUCUCUUGAGUACCAAAAAUUAUCAUCAAAUGUAUGAUAAACAAGGAGAAUCCCAUUAUGAUACAAUUAGUGCAUUCCAUAAAUCGGUUAGAGGUUCAAAUGCUGAUGCAGCAGUCUUUUAUCUUACUAAAAUGUUAUCUGGAGGAGAGGAUCCAUUGUUUAUUGCAAGAAGAAUGAUUGUUAUAGCGAGUGAAGAUAUUGGCCUUCGAGAUAGUUCUUGCUUACCAUUUGCAAUAUCAGUAUUAGAAGCAAUUCAAUUUAUCGGGAUGCCAGAAGGUGAAAUAAUCUUAGCUCAUUGUGCAAUUAAAUUAGCUAGGAGCCCUAAAUCAACAAAAUCAUAUAGAGCAUUGAGAACUUGUCAGAAUUUACUAAGAGAACAACCCGAAAUUACCCAAUUACCAAUACCACUUCAUUUAAGAAACGCACCUACAAAGUUGAUGAAGGAUUUAGGAUAUUCUGAAAAUUAUAAAUAUAAUCCAAACUUCAAGUUUGGAGAAGUUAAACAACUGUAUUUUCCAGAAGGACUUCUUGAAAAAGAAACAAAGUUCAUUGAAGAUACUCAUUUAGGUGGUGUCAAAGACCCAGAUAUUCCAGUUGAAAAAUAUGAUGAAUUAGAAGAUGAAGAAAACGAAUACAAAGAAUACAAAAAGUUUAAAAAGGAUAAAUUAAGAACUUUGAAUAAAGAAAAGAUCAUAAAGAAUCGAAUAAUCAACAGACAUAAGCUGUUUGAACAAGAUGAAGCAAUAGAAAUCACUGACGAAGAUACUCCAAGAUUUUCAUACGAUGAAAAUCUCAGCAAAUUGGAUCAACCCGAAUAUUUCGAUGGCCAUGAAAAGGAUGAAUAUUCAGAAGAUUCUGAAUGUUCGGAUAAUUUUGAGAAGUCAUACGAUGAAUUUCAAAAAGAUUACAAUGAGGAUUUAGAGUACCCAAUUAUGUAA